AAGAAAAUCAAGCUAUUCAUCAAAACUUAAAUAAAGCGUGAAUAAAAAGUGGCCAAUAAAAUAUUAUAACCAUACCAAAGUAAAGUGAAACCAUUUGCGUGAUGGCAAAACCAAUUUAACCAGCAAAUACACUUCAUUGUGCUCGAAACUCAAAGUGGAAGGAAAAAACUUGGCGAAAUAGUUGCAACUACAAACUACGAACUACAAGCGCAAAAUGCAUUCGAGGCUAAAAUUCUUGGCAUAUUUACAUUUAAUAUGCGCCAGCAGCAUUUUCUGGCCGGAAUUCAGUGCAGCCCAGCAGCAGCAGCAACAACAGGCGGCGUCGUUAACCGAGAAAAUACCAUUAGGUGCGAUCUUCGAACAGGGAACGGAUGAUGUGCAAUCAGCCUUUAAAUAUGCAAUGCUCAAUCACAAUCUGAAUGUGAGCUCUCGACGCUUCGAGCUGCAGGCGUAUGUGGAUGUCAUCAAUACAGCGGAUGCAUUCAAAUUAUCCCGCCUGAUUUGCAAUCAAUUCUCGCGCGGAGUCUACUCAAUGCUGGGCGCCGUAUCGCCGGACUCCUUUGACACAUUGCACUCCUACUCGAAUACGUUCCAAAUGCCAUUUGUGACGCCCUGGUUCCCCGAGAAGGUGCUCACGCCGUCGUCGGGGUUGCUGGAUUUCGCUAUCAGCAUGCGUCCGGAUUAUCAUCAGGCGAUUAUCGAUAUCAUCCAGUACUACGGCUGGCAGAGCAUUAUUUAUCUCUACGACUCGCACGAUGGCUUACUACGACUGCAGCAAAUCUAUCAAGAACUGAAGCCCGGAAAUGAAACGUUCCGUGUGCAAAUGGUGAAACGCAUCGCCAACGUAACGAUGGCCAUUGAAUUUUUGCACACGCUGGAGGAUUUGGGGCGCUUCAGCAAAAAGCGCAUCGUGCUCGACUGCCCGGCGGAAAUGGCCAAAGAGAUCAUCGUGCAGCAUGUGCGGGACAUCAAGCUGGGCCGGCGCACCUAUCAUUACCUGCUCAGCGGGCUGGUCAUGGACAACCACUGGCCCAGCGAUGUGGUCGAGUUUGGGGCCAUCAACAUCACCGGCUUUCGCAUUGUCGACUCUAAUCGGCGGGCGGUGCGUGAUUUCCACGACAGCCGGAAACGUUUGGAGCCGGCGGGCCAAAGCCAAAGCCAGAACGCAGCGGGGGCCAACAGCUUGCCGGCCAUUUCGGCCCAGGCAGCUCUGAUGUACGAUGCGGUUUUCGUGCUCGUCGAGGCCUUCAAUCGCAUUUUGCGCAAGAAGCCGGAUCAGUUCCGUUCCAAUCAUCUGCAGCGCCGCAGCCACGGAGGCGGCUCAUCCUCCUCCUCUACCGGCGCCAACGAUUCUAGUGCCCUUCUCGACUGCAACACCAGCAAGGGCUGGGUUACGCCAUGGGAACAGGGCGAAAAAAUAUCCAGGGUCUUGCGCAAGGUGGAAAUUGAUGGUUUGUCGGGGGAGAUCCGUUUCGACGAGGACGGACGCCGAAUCAACUAUACGCUGCACGUGGUGGAGAUGUCCGUAAACAGCACGCUGCAGCAGGUGGCCGAGUGGCGUGAUGACGCCGGACUCCUUCCGCUCCACAGCCACAACUAUGCGCCGUCCUCGCGUUCCGCGUCUGUGAGCACCGGAGACUACGACCGGAACCACACGUACAUCGUGAGCAGCCUGCUGGAGGAGCCCUAUCUGUCGCUCAAGCAGUACACCUAUGGCGAGCAACUGGUGGGCAACGAUCGCUUUGAAGGAUAUUGCAAGGAUCUGGCCGAUAUGUUGGCCAGCCAGUUGGGAAUUAAAUAUGAAAUUCGCUUGGUGCAGGAUGGCAACUAUGGAGCGGAGAAUCAAUAUGCCCCUGGUGGCUGGGAUGGUAUGGUGGGUGAGCUGGUGAGGAAGGAGGCGGAUAUAGCCAUUGCGGCCAUGACUAUCACAGCGGAAAGAGAGCGGGUCAUUGACUUCAGCAAGCCCUUCAUGACCCUGGGCAUAUCCAUUAUGAUCAAGAAGCCAGUGAAACAGACACCGGGAGUAUUUAGUUUCCUCAAUCCGCUGUCCCAGGAGAUUUGGAUAAGUGUGAUUCUCAGCUAUGUGGGAGUAAGUUUUGUUCUGUAUUUCGUUACGCGUUUUCCGCCCUACGAGUGGCGAAUUGUAAGACGACCGCAGGCGGAUUCCAAUGCCCAGCAGCCGCCGGGAAUCAUUGGUGGGGCCACUCUGAGUGAACCGCAGUCGCAUCAGCCGGCAGUUCCGCCCAAUGAGUUUACUAUGCUGAAUUCCUUUUGGUACUCCCUCGCUGCCUUUAUGCAGCAGGGAUGCGAUCUCACGCCCCCUUCGAUUGCCGGCCGAAUUGCAGCUGCCGUUUGGUGGUUCUUCACCAUCAUCCUGAUAUCCUCGUACACCGCCAAUUUGGCCGCUUUUCUCACAGUGGAACGCAUGGUGGCCCCCAUCAAAACGCCCGAGGACCUGGCCAUGCAAACGGAUGUGAACUAUGGAACUCUUUUGCACGGCUCCACGUGGGAAUUCUUCAGGCGCUCACAAAUCGGGCUGCACAACAAAAUGUGGGAGUAUAUGAAUGCCAAUCAGCAUCAUUCGGUUCAUACCUACGACGAGGGCAUUCGACGGGUGAGAACCUCCAAGGGGAAGUACGCCCUGCUGGUGGAGUCCCCCAAAAACGAGUACGUUAAUGCCAGGCCGCCGUGCGAUACAAUGAAAGUUGGCCGUAAUAUCGAUACAAAGGGAUUUGGAGUGGCUACACCAAUAGGAUCGCCAUUGAGAAAACGCCUGAACGAGGCCGUGCUCACGCUGAAGGAGAACGGGGAGCUGCUGCGGAUUAGGAACAAGUGGUGGUUCGACAAGACGGAGUGCAACCUGGACCAGGAGACCUCCACGCCCAACGAGCUCUCGCUGAGCAACGUGGCCGGGAUUUACUACAUCCUCAUAGGGGGCCUCCUGCUGGCGGUGAUCGUGGCCAUCGUAGAGUUCUUCUGCCGCAACAAGACCGGCCGGCUGAAGGCGCCGGGCUCGAAUGGAUCCGCCGGCGGAGUGCCCGGCAUGCUGGGCUCCUCAACAUAUCAGCGGGACUCGCUUUCCGAUGCGAUUAUGCACUCGCAGGCCAAGUUGGCGAUGCAGGCGAGCAGCGAGUACGACGAGCGAUUGGUGGGCGUUGAGUUGGCCUCCAAUGUACGGUAUCAGUACAGUAUGUAA